AUGGAAUUGAAAUUUAAAAUUAAAAUCGGGAGCGGCUCCUUUUGCUUCCCCGUACGCAGAAUUCGAUCUGUGUCUGUACAACCCGGCAACGAACUCAAAACCUCCCGCGAAACCCUAGCUCUGUAUUUCCGUCUGUUUCUUGAACAGCGCGAAGAAGAAACUGAACCCACCAUGAGUCGACCAAUGGAAGAGGAUGCUCCAGGCAAGGAGGAAGAAUUCAGCACAGGUCCACUUUCUGUUCUUAUGAUGAGUGUGAAGAAUAACACCCAGGUGCUGAUAAACUGCAGGAACAACAAGAAGCUUCUUGGGCGUGUGAGGGCAUUUGACCGUCACUGCAACAUGGUAUUGGAAAACGUCAGGGAGAUGUGGACUGAGGUGCCUAAAACAGGGAAGGGCAAGAAGAAGGCACAACCAGUGAACAAGGACAGGUUCAUUAGUAAAAUGUUUCUGCGAGGCGAUUCAGUCAUCAUUGUGCUCAGGAACCCUAAAUGA